AUGACGUCUGAUCCAAAUUCACAUAAAGUAGGUAAGGAUAUCUGGACACUUACUGAUCUAGAAGAAAUAGUUGCUGCUAUUGCUUCGCUUGGCGAUCGUUAUGAAGAACUAAAUCACGAGACUUGGCGAUUAAAUGCUAAUACAAAAUUAUCGACUUCACUUUGGGAGCAACUUAUUAAAAAAUUAGAACUUGAUAAUACUGAAAAAAGGUGCCACUCUUUGUACAAUAUAUGGAGAUCAACAGUUCAUUGCGUUCCUGAACGUGUCAAAAAAGAAUUAGGAAGAAGAAAGAAAAAUAUAAUUGCUGGAGAUAAUGAUAAUAUCAGUACAAAAGAAGAAGUAUCUGUUCAAAAGACUAAUAAUGUACAAUUACUACCUGAUCCAUCAUUACCAUUACCUGAACCGCCGAAUACACGUACUUGUAAGGCAAAAACUGUAAAUGGUAAUAUUGCUGAACAGUCAACCGUCAGUGUAGUAUCAUUUAUUUUGACUGCAACGGAAUGGAAAGCUGUACUUAGUUGCACAAAAAAAGAAUUGCAUGAUGGUUGGACAAAAAUAUUUUCCGACAAACUAACUUCAUGUGGAAUUACAUGUGCAUUACAGUUCUUUAAAGCCCAUAUCAAAAAAGGAAAAAGAAAACGACGUUCUAAAUAUUUUUGGUGUCGUUCUAAGUGUACUGGUAAGUAUUGUACUAGAUCAUAUUUCAUUAAACUUGCAGAUAGCAAAUAUACCGGAAAAAGUCGUUCAAGAUCACGUACACCACCAUAUUGGCGUUCAACUGUUAAAGAUCGUCAACGUCAACAUAUUCAUAAAGAAAAAGAUGAUAAUAAUAGAGAAGAUUUACAUUCACAUCGGCAUGAACGGCGAAGAAAUGAUCACCAUUAUCAUCAUCAAACUGAAUCAACAUUACAACAUAAACAGCAAUCAAGAUCUGCAACUACCAUUAAACAUAAGGAAAAUGAUACAUCAAAUACAGGGUGGCCCAAAAUUUUCGAAAAUCCUUUUUUUGUUCAUGAAUGUUUUCAUCCAUUUUUCGAAUUAAAUCCAAUUACAUCUUAA